AUGCAGCCGGCAAUGAUGAUGUUUUCUAGUAAAUACUGGGCAAGGAGAGGGCUUUCUCUGGAUUCAGCAGUGCCCGAAGAGCAUCAGCUGCUUGGCAGCUUAACACUAAAUAAAACCAACACUGGCAAAAAUGAUGAUAAAAAAGGCAACAAGGGAAGCAGCAAAAGUGACACUGCUACCGAGAGCAGCAAGAUGGCAGUUGUAUUCUCCUUGAAAAAUGAAGUUGGUGGAUUGGUCAAAGCACUGAAACUCUUUCAGGAAAAACAUGUCAACAUGGUUCAUAUUGAGUCCAGGAAAUCCCGGCGAAGAAGUUCGGAAGUUGAAAUCUUUGUGGACUGUGAGUGUGGCAAAACGGAAUUCAAUGAGCUCAUUCAGUCACUGAAAUUUCAAACCACGAUUGUGACGCUGAAUCCGCCAGAGAACAUUUGGACAGAGGAAGAAGAGCUAGAGGAUGUGCCCUGGUUUCCCCGGAAGAUCUCUGAGUUAGACAAAUGUUCUCACAGAGUUCUCAUGUAUGGUUCUGAGCUGGAUGCCGAUCACCCAGGAUUUAAAGACAAUGUCUAUCGACAGAGAAGGAAGUAUUUUGUGGAUGUAGCCAUGGGUUAUAAAUAUGGUCAGCCCAUCCCCAGAGUGGAGUACACAGAGGAAGAAACUAAAACUUGGGGCGUUGUGUUCCGAGAGCUCUCCAAACUCUAUCCUACUCAUGCUUGCCGGGAGUAUUUGAAAAACUUCCCUCUGCUGACUAAAUACUGUGGCUACAGGGAGGACAACGUGCCCCAACUUGAAGACGUCUCGGUUUUUCUGAAAGAAAGGUCUGGCUUCACGGUGAGACCAGUGGCUGGAUACCUGAGUCCUCGAGACUUUCUGGCAGGACUGGCCUACAGAGUGUUCCACUGUACUCAGUACAUCCGCCAUGGCUCGGACCCCCUCUACACCCCGGAACCAGACACAUGUCACGAACUCCUGGGACAUGUCCCUCUACUUGCGGAUCCUAAGUUUGCUCAGUUUUCACAAGAAAUAGGCCUGGCAUCUCUGGGAGCAUCAGAUGAAGACGUUCAGAAACUAGCCACAUGCUAUUUCUUCACUAUUGAGUUUGGCCUUUGCAAGCAAGAAGGGCAGCUGCGGGCAUAUGGAGCUGGACUGCUUUCCUCCAUUGGAGAAUUAAAGCAUGCUCUUUCUGACAAGGCAUGUGUGAAAGCCUUUGACCCAAAGACAACUUGCUUACAGGAAUGCCUUAUCACCACCUUCCAGGAAGCCUACUUUGUUUCAGAAAGUUUUGAAGAAGCCAAAGAAAAGAUGAGGGACUUUGCAAAGUCAAUUACCCGUCCCUUCUCAGUCUACUUCAAUCCCUACACACAGACUAUUGAAAUUCUGAAAGACACCAGGAGCAUUGAAAACGUGGUGCAGGACCUCCGCAGCGAUUUGAACACCGUGUGUGAUGCCUUGAACAAAAUGAACCAAUAUCUGGGAAUUUGAUGUCUGGGACCUGUGUCAUUGCCAGCCUGAUCUUUCUGGGGCUUAGCAGCAAUUCAGUCAAUGUCAUAUAACACCAACAGCUUUCUGUGUCAUGGCUUGGCUAGUAAGCAUGCAAUUCUGUAUAUUUCUACCUACUUGCAACUUACUGUGAUAAUGUAUGAAACACCAUAAAGAACCUGAUGACAGAUAACCACUCAUUGUAUGAAAGAUUGUAAUACAUUUAAAUGUCUUAAAUAGAUUUGACAUUCCAGCUUAGUGUCCUUAACCAAACUGCAGCUAUUGAAAAUUGGUAACAAAUAGCCCUCUUAUGAUUGUAGCUCCUGACCUUUUCUUUAUCAGACCUGAGCCUUUCCUCUGUGUUCAUUAGAUAAAAUGAAAAUAGCAGUGAAACUGUUUCUAUUUUCUUUAGUAUCAGUGUUUUCACAGCACUAUUUGAGAUAAACCCAGAAUUGUAUGAAACUUCCCAUCACAUUAACAAAAGAUUCAGUAUUCUGUUUCAAAAGUUGAAAGUAGUGAACACACUAGUUGGAAUGGUUUUUAGGUUGAUUAUUUAUACAAUGUAAGAAAAGAGAAAUUUCCACAAAUAGAAAAUAUAUGUUGCAUUGACCUUGUAGAAACUGAGUUGUGACAUGCUUCCCAAAGUAUUUUGGAAGAAAAUACUUCCAGAAAGGGCAUUAGGAAAGACUAAACAAUGGGGAAAAAUUUGGGGACUAUGAAUUUUAUGCUGGAGUAAAGUGAUUAUUAUUCUCAGCUAGUGAAACCAUUUCUCUUGGAGAAUAAUUGUAUCAUAGAGCUUUGAUUUCAAUGACAUAGAAAUUGAGUCUCAGAGAGGUUAAGUGAAUUGCUCAAAGUAGCACAGUUAGUGGUGCACCAACAUUUACAGCCCAUCACAUCUCACUUUUGGAUUGCUAAGACAUUCAACUUGGUGUAUGUAUGUAUUUAUGAUGUGUAGUCAUAGCAGGGAAACUAAUGCUUAUCAAAACUAAAGUUUAUUACUAAAUAGGACUUGGUUUGUGAUCAAGGGUUGACAGCAGUACAGAAAUUUCCUCUCACACCCCCCAACCAAGCUAGGUCUCUGGGAGUCUGUCCACUUGCCUAAAGUUUGGGCAAAUUUGGGUAAACAAUAGUGAUAUACCACAAAUUUCAGUCAUCUUUGCUAUAAGAGGUAUAAUCAGGUGAUUAAGUGAACAAAUAAAAAAUUGCUGAAUGAGCGAAUGAAUUUUAGCUUCUGAUUCCCUUAACACAUGCAAUCACUGUUCCUCUAAUUCUGCUUUAGUAGCACAGAAUACUGGGUGGAGGAAAGAGGGGACGAGAAAAAGUAGAGAAGAAUAAGAUGACGAAAUGACUUUUAAGUUAGCAAUUCUAAAAUAUUUACUUGAGCAAUUUCUAAGGAUGUUCUUUAAAUAGGAAACUACAUGUGAUUUCAAACUAAUUUAUACAGUUGUAUGGCCCGUUAUGAGUCAGAAAUUUUUGGAUUAAAUGUAUUCAGGAAGAAUAUGAGAAAGAGUUAAAAUAUAUAUCAGAGAGAGGUGAAAUUACAAUGAAAAAUCAGAGGCUUGACUAUCGGUUAUCUUAAUGAUUGAGGCUCUUUCAUUUCUGAAAGAUUCUCAGAACAAAGGACUUUUUGAGAAGGGAUCUGGUGCGUAGAAUGUGAGAGUCAUGCAGUUUAAAUGCUACGUUAGGUGAAUGAGACAGUGCCUUGAAGAAUUAUCUGUGGUAGAGAAAUGAUGAGCAAGCUGAACCCAAAUAAAAGGAUCUAGAAUGAUCAAGUAGUUGUAAAAUCCAAUCAUUUAAUAAAUCCAUAAAUACAUAGUUUCUUACAUCUUGCUUUGCUAGAUCUAGAUGAGCCUGAGUAAUUAGCUAUUUAUAAAUAUUAAUCUAGAAAAAUAACCCAGAAAAAUGAAUCCAGAAAUUUCCAAUGAACAAUAACAAGAGACUAAGAACAAUAAUUUAGAAAUUUCCAGAACUAGUUGCUGAAGUUUCUCAAAGGAGAAAAUGGGCUAAGAAACUCUUAAUGUCUGCUCUCUCUGUUGUUCCCAUAAUUUGGUGUUGCUCUAGAUAACAUUUUGUCUUUUGUAACAACAUGGAUGGACUUGGAGGGCUUUAUGCUAAGUGAAAUAAGCCAAAUAGAGAAAGACAAAUACUAUAUGAUAUCACUUAUAUGUAGAAUAAAAAAAUACAUCAGACUAGUAAAUAUAACAAAAAAGAAGCAGACUCACAUAGAGAACAAACUAGUGAUUACCAGUGGAGAGAGGGAAGAGGGGGACGGGCAAGAUAGGGGUAGGGGAUUAAAAAGUACAAACUAUUAGGUAUAAAAUAAACUACAGGAUACAGGGACAACAUGGGGAAUAUAGCCAAUAUUUUAUAAUACCUAUAAAUGGGGUAUAACCUUUAAAAAUUAUGAAUAUACUGUACACCUGUAACGUAUAAUAUUACAGCCACUAUAAUUCAAUAAAAGAGGAAAAAACCCAUGUGUAGCCAUCAAGCUUCCCCCUUCUAGCCCCAAUGAAAGGGGAGCUUCUUAGUUAAAUGUACUGAAGGAGAAUUAUAUUUAAUUGUAGACAAAUUCUCUCAACAAAAAAUGACAUUUGAGCUAUCUUCUGAUUGACUAUAGAGGCAUCUUUAGUGUUCUUACAUGUGCAAAAUCUAUGUUGUUUCAAAAAUAGAAGCACUGCAAAGUAAAUAGGCUUUCCCACAGAGCUUAUAUAGGUAUCAUACAAGGAGGAGGAAUUAUUUGAUUCUUUUUAGAUUUGUUCUCCAUUUGGAAUAGCAUAGUUUUCGCCAUAUGAAACAAUGGAAUCAUGGUUUUCAUUUGUUGUGAGCAUUUAACACGCAAAUGCCAUUACAACUAAUAGUGGGAAAAGUCCUAUAAAAUUUAACAGCCAUCAUAGGAAGAGUGUUGGCAGAAAAAGUCCCCAAAUGGAAGUAGUACAACAAAAUAAUCACAGCCAGCUUCUUGUCGUAUCUGAUACCUGCUCAGUGUAACCAUUUGUCUCAGUUAUGCCUCCUGACUUAAAGCUAAAUUAAAUAGAUCCAAGGGCAAUUAUAAAUUUAAAGACACUUGCUCACUGUCAUCUCACUGUGAAUUGCUACUUUAUUUUGGCUUUGCUGCUGUCUUCUGUAAUGAGCUAAUCAGAAGUCAACCCAAGGUUCUUAGCAAGACCAAGUUUCUUAUGUAUCACACCUUGCAAAAAACAGCCGGAAUCUGAUUAGUCCAGUUUUUUCUUAAAGCAUUCUUGUCUGUUAUGAGUUGGGGUCAGGCAACCAGUAUAUUCUUGGAUGAUCGGUUUGUAUGGCAUAGCAGAUUGUUCAUAAAUCACAUGUUUUAAGAGUAGGGAACUCUGACCCAGAGUGGUUAAAAAAAAAUUUUUUUUUUUACAUUAAUGUUAAGGGUUGUGAAACUUGGGUGUCUGGCUUAGUCUCAUUUAUUUACUGUGUAAUUUAGAAAUGAUGCUUUAUGGGGAAAUGAUGCUUUAUCUGUGCUUGUCUUGCUUGCAUCGUAAAUGGGCCUGGGCCUAAUGAAUGUAAUGUAUUGCAACAUUUACCAACAUGAAAAGUUCUCAAAUGAAAAACAGUAUGCUUUAACAUGAAAGCAAAUAGAAAUACAAAGUUUCACUUUCAAAUGGAGUCAUGGCUCACAUCAUUUUCUUCAUUUGAGGAGGAAAACAUUAACACAGGAUGUAGUUGUCCUCCUAUUCAUUUGAUCUAAUUUUCACCUUCUAAAGAAUCAAGUGCUGACGCUUACUCUCAUGAACCUUGUCUUACUUAUAAUGAAAAGGAAAGCAGCCCAGAUUUUUCCAGUGUGUCUUGAGUUUUGUUUUGUUUUGUUUUUUUUCUUCUUCAAUUUCCAAAGACAUUCUCUUAUUUGGGGAAAUGAUUG